CUUGGACCAUCACAGCCUACAGUCAGCCUUCUCUGAGCUUCCAUUCGCUACAGCGGGGAUUGAAAGCAGCGCUCACACCAGGCCCAGACAGGCUCCGGAUUCAGACCGAACACUUAUCGAGCAGAGGUGAAAUUAAAGCAGCGACGAUGGUUUUAACAGUGAGGGCAGUGGCCUGUCUGUGCCUCUGUUUGACCGUGUGUCAAGUCAGAGGGUCACACAUCCCGGCAGAGAUGAACAGAACCAUCCAGAACCUCCUGCAGCACUAUAGGAUUCCACGUGAAGAGAGAUAUAACAGGAAGCCCGUCUUCUCCAGGGAACCGCUGACCGGCAAAACCGAGUCACAGAGGGUCUUCAUGGGUGGCGUUUUGGAGACGUAUGAAAAAAUACUCGGCCUCAUGUUGAACCAGCUUCCCACCCCGAGCCCCGUGACGAACCAGCUUCCCAACGCCGGUGCCGCCAACGAUGCAGAGACGGGGGGAAACGAAGACUUGAGGCCUAAGCUGAACUUCAUCCUGAAGAAAGUCCAUGACCUGAGGAAGAAUGAGUACCAGGAGCAGGAGAGGCUUCUGCAGAACCUGGAUGCUCUCAAAAACAUCAAGAUGGAGAACAAUGUCGUCCAGAGCAAAGCAUUGUGGGAGCUGCCAUGGCUGUACGAGGAGGCAAGCUCUUUGUCCAAAGCCCACAGGCAGGAGCGACGAAGACGGCAAGCAUGGAGGGCCAAAUCUCACGCCAGAGGCUGAAAGAGAAAGAGGCUAAAUGAUGGCAACAGUGAAAAUCAAAUAUAAAAGCCAUAACAGUAAAACAGACACAAUUUAAAACAGAUGGAUUUAGAUUUUAUGUUUUUUUAUUAGAUUAUUUAAUAGAAAUGGAUGAACCAGCAGUCUAAGCCAAAGAAAUGUCAGUUUUGCAUUUUUUAUAACCGAGUCUGGUGCUCAGAACUGAAGAACUGAUCACUGUUAGUUUUUAACCAGAGGUUUUCUCUCCUCAUAAAUCACCGUAGCCUGGAAAUACUUGAUUUAUUAACUUUUAAAUGCUGUAAAAUUGAUUUAUUGCUUUGAAAAUGAUUAAUUUGUCCUUUUGAAUGUCUGUGUGAGAUUUUGAAUCUUAUAAAAAAUAUGCAAUCAUACUCCAUGAAGCAGGAUUUAUGUUUUCAGCUGUGGAAACCAACAGUUUAAAAAGCACAUACCUUUAACCACUAGUUUUUGUUGAAAAAGCUCAAAUGUCUUGAUGUUAAAUUAGAUACUAGUUCCUGUUUUACAUUUACUUUCCCCAUCUAAGAUAGAACUGUUCAUUUGAACUCCAAACUAAUAAUACAACAGGACCAUGAUGAUGUUUACAGCACAAAUAAUGACAAUUUUAAUACAGGUCUUUUAAAUUUCCAUGUUCAGCACAUAGUUGCAAUACUGUUCAGGGAUAGUAGAUUUGUUAUUCUAAUAUGUCAAAGUUUUUGUAUUUAUUUUUGUA